GUGAGGCCGAGGCCUACGGGUGUGUCUCCUGAAUUAUUAGCGCUCAGUGUCUCCGCGGCAAAACUCAGAAAAUGGACGGGUUCCAAGGGAUUAUUUUCAAGUCGUGGUGUUGUGUGAUGGCGCUACUGAUCGACCACGAACCAGCGGAGUGCAUAAAACUGAGCGAGUUCUGCACACUUCCGACCCCUCAAAACAGGUGCAUCGGCAUCAACAAGCCGGACGGAUUGCGGUUUGGCUGUAGCGGUGGAUUUCACGGUGAUUUCUACGAGGAAGAUUAUUUUUUAGCACAGACCCUGAUGCUCUGCCAUUGGCCGUUGGAUCACUUCGAACCGUCGAGGUCUUUGCGUCUGUACACCAAGUUGGCAAAGUUCACCAUGAUCAACAGUCAGAUAAAAACCAUCGUCGGUGUCUUCCCGGAGACCAUGCAAAACUUAAAGACGUUAAAUUUGUCUCAUUUGAACAUAGAACGAAUCGAAUCAACUGCGUUCACACACUUGACCUCGUUGGAAGUGCUGGAUUUGAGUUACAAUAAACUCAAUUACAUUCCUCUGACGGCCGUUGCAUAUUUGACUAAACUAAAACAAAUUUGGCUUGCCGGACAUUCUUGGUUCUGCAAGCCCGACAUGUUAUGGUUGCUGCAAAUCCCGAAAGACCCGUUGACUUUCAGACUAAUGGACGCAGACAACAUGACUUGCGGCGGAUACAAGUACAUAGGAAAGCCCGUGAUUCCUAUUUUACGCCUGUUAAACGACUUAGAAAAGGAAUGUCUGACACAGCCAGAAAAUUGUGUCUGUACUCUAGACAAUGUGGUCCGCAGUAUGGCGGCGCCAUAUCACUUGCUUCCUUUGAUAACAGUGGAUUGCAGCUAUAGAGGUUUGAAAACGUUACCCAAAAGGCUUCCGCACAAUACGACCACACUGUUAAUGCAAGGAAAUCAGAUAACAACGUUGGAAGAGUUGCUGACCAACCGGCAUUACACCAAACUAUUGGACAUUCACUUGGACUACAACAAGAUCAGCUCGAUAAGUAUACUGGAAGGAUCCCACUGGUUGGCGCAAUGUAGAGUCUUGAGUCUGAAGGGCAACAAUUUAACAAAGAUUCCGACCUACGCGCUGGAUAACGCAUUCCAGCGAAAUCGCAACAUCGCACAACUCUACUUGGGAGACAACCCUUGGCGAUGCGAUUGCUUGUUCGCUGCUUCCUUUCAGGAUUUGCUCAUUAAAUACCACGCGUACAUCAAGGACUUGUCCGACAUCAAAUGCUCGUAUCAAGAAGACGACGAGUACUACCUGACGCCGAUUCACGACUUGCCGCGCAAUAUGCUGUGUAGGAAAUCUUCGUCGGACAUGGUGGGCUUUUUGGACGUGCUCAACGUGACCAUGGCCGGUUUGAUUGUGAUAAUAAUAUUGAAGUUUUUUUACGAUUACAUAUUGUAUAAAAAAUGCGGACGGCUACCGUGGAUCGUUACUAACCUACCGUGAAGCGACGAUGGCUCUGAUGGGGACAUAUAAU